GAUAACUUUUAUUUUGAAAUGUGUUUGGCUACGUGCGCCGGAAGUUGUGCGACGCUAGCUCAUGCUUCUGAAACAAAGCUAAGGACGCUUGCUUUGAUUAUUUUAAUUAUAAUACCCCAUUUUGGGCAACUGCUCAAAUAUUAAAUUAAAACAGUCGUUAUACGGAAUAUCACCAAAGACAGCAUGGCUGCAGACUGGUUGGGUAGUCUGGUCUCGAUAAACUGCGGAGAAACUCUGGGGGUGUACCAAGGUGAGGUGUCGUCUGUGGACCAGUCCAGCCAGACCAUCUCCCUCAAACAGCCCUUCCACAAUGGAGUCAAGUGUCCUGUGCCCGAGGUCACUUUUAGUGCCGUGGACAUCAAGGAGCUGAAGGUCCUGGAUAUAGUGAGUGGUAGAGGUGUUGUGGUUCCGAAGAGCAGCGAUCCGGUCUCAGUCCCACACAGAGGACAGCAUAAGACCCAGGACAGGCUGUCUUCACCGCAACAGCUGUGUUCUAAAAGCUAUGGAGAUAAACACCUGGACGGGCCGGGCCAGCCCGGGGGUUUCCGACGGCGACACAACUCCUGGUCGUCCAGUAGUCGGGGCGCCAACCAGGUCACCCCCAAGAAGAACGGCGUGAAGAACGGAGGAGGAGGUGGUCAGAGGCAGCACAGAGACGAUGAGUGUUUCGGGAACAAUAUGGACGAUGGGCUUGACACAGACUUUGACUUCGAGGGGAACCUGGCGCUGUUCGACAAAGCUGCCGUGUUCUCACAGAUCGCCGGGUCAGAUCGUCGCGGUAACGUGGCCCAGGCGCGCGGAACGCCGCAAGAGCAGCAGUCGUCGCAAUACCGCCACGACAAGAACAUUCUAGAGACCAAACCUGUGGUGUACAGGCAGAUAUCUGUCCCACAGCCUGGGGCCAAAGAGUAUUGCACUGACUCGGGCCUGGUGGUGCCCAGUAUUUCCUAUGAGCUGCACAAGCGUCUGUUGUCAGUAGCUGAACGUUAUGGCCUCUCAUUGGAGAGGAGGCUGGAGAUGACAGGUGUGUGUGCCAGUCAGAUGGCCUUGACGCUGCUGGGCGGGCCCAACAGACUGACCCCUAAGAAUGUCCACCAGCGGCCCACUGUGGCCUUACUCUGCGGGCCUCACGUCCAGGGGGCCCAGGGCAUCAACUGUGCUCGUCACCUGGCCAACCACGAGGUGGAGGUCAUUCUCUUCCUGCCUAACUUUGUCAAGACGCUGGAUGCCGUCUCCAGCGAGAUCACCCUUUACACCAAGACAGAGGGCAAACAGUUCUCCAGUGUUAAAGAGCUUCCAGACAGCCCUGUGGACCUUAUCAUCAACUGCCUGGACUGUCACGAGAACAACUUCCUUAUGGACCAGCCGUGGUACCAGGCCGCUGUAGACUGGGCCAACCAGAACAGAGCUCCCGUGCUCAGCCUGGAUCCUCCAGUCAGCGAACAGGGCCACGCCGUAGAAGCCAAGUGGACACUGUCUCUGGGUCUGCCGCUGCCGCUGUCAGAGGGAGUAGGCGGGGUUUACCUGUGUGAUAUUGGGCUUCCCCGACAGGUGUUCCAGGAAGUUGGGAUCAAGUAUCAUUCUCCGUUCGGUUGUAAGUUUGUGGUGCCGUUGCACUCUGCGUAACUGAAGGGUUCGAAUUACACAUUGACUCUUGGGCGCGUCCUACAUCUCUUGGGCGCGUCCUAAAUCUCUUGGGCGCGUCCUAAAUCUCUUGGGCGCGUCCUAAAUCUCUUGGGUGCGUCCUAAAUCUCUUGGGCGCGUCCUAAAUCUCUUGGGCGCGUCCUACAUCUCUUGGGCGCGUCCUAAAUCUCUUGGGUGCGUCCUAAAUCUCUUGGGCGCGUCCUAAAUCUCUUGGGCGCGUCCUACACCUCUUGGGCGCGUCCUACACCUCUUGGGCGCGUCCUACACCUCUUGGGCGCGUCCUACACCUCUUGGGCGCGUCCUACACCUCUUGGGCGCGUCCUACACCUCUUGGGCGCGUCCUACAUCUCUUGGGGGCGUCCUACAUCUCUUGGGGGCGUCCUACAUCUCUUGGGGGCGUCCUACACCUCUUGGGGGCGUCCUACACCUCUUGGGGGCGUCCUACACCUCUUGGGGGCGUCCUACACCUCUUGGGGGCGUCCUACAUCUCUUGGGCGCGUCCUACAUCUCUUGGGCGCGUCCUACAUCUCUUGGGCGCGUCCUACAUCUCUUGGGCGCGUCCUACACCUCUUGGGGGCGUCCUACACCUCUUGGGGGCGUCCUACAUCUCUUGGGGGCGUCCUACAUCUCUUGGGGGCGUCCUACACCUCUUGGGGGCGUCCUACAUCUCUUGGGGGCGUCCUACAUCUCUUGGGCGCGUCCUACACCUCUUGGGCGCGUCCUACACCUCUUGGGCGCGUCCUACACCUCUUGGGCGCGUCCUACACCUCUGUGGCGCGUCCUACACCUCUGUGGCGCGUCCUACACCUCUGUGGCGCGUCCUACACCUCUGUGGCGCGUCCUACACCUCUUGGGCGCGUCCUACACCUCUUGGGCGCGUCCUACAUCUCUGUGGCGCGUCCUACAUCUCUGUGGCGCGUCCUACAUCUCUGUGGCGCGUCCUACAUCUCUGUGGCGCGUCCUACAUCUCUGUGGCGCGUCCUACAUCUCUUGGGCGCGUCCUACAUCUCUUGGGCGGUACCCUACGUUUGUUCUGAAAA